CUUGCUCAAUGAGCUUCACAAGCUGCUGUUUAACCGCACUCGAAGUCCAUUUUGGGAACAAGUGCUGCGUUGGAAGAGCUGUAUUCUGCAUACGAUACAACCAAUGCGCUGGACACCAUUCCCGACAGGGACAAGUGUCACAUGAGAUCUCUCUAAAAGAGAGUCGUUGAGUCUUGGACUCUCGUAAAGUCAACCGGAUGUGGAGAACAGCAUGACAAGAUGACACCACCACUAUGUCUUUGGCUUGGAGGUUGAGAACUUCCCCUAGUCGUAGAGUUAGUGAGAAGGCUAACAAACAGAUUGCUUUAAGCAGAUCUCUGCUUGUGCCAGGCGACGUAGGUAGCCGUCGUAGAUUUCGGAGUAGAGAAAGGGGUAUUAGAGGUGCUCGUUUGACGGGGUCAUGUUGUGGGGUCACUCGAUCCGCAGCAAGUAGGGCUCGGGUGAGGCGAGCUUCUUCCAAAGACGUCAGUGGUGGUUGGCCGUCGUUGAUGGCAAACGUCCGCACCGCUGAUGUGUACGACCGAAUAGUCGAAGCUUUUAGAGAUCCAGUGGUAGUUAAGAGCCGAACGAAUUUCUCGAGCUUAACUCCGGUGACGGGGAAGGAGGUGACAGUUAAGUACCAUUUAAUAGGCGUGGCAUACGAACUUGCCGUUGACGUUUUAAUCGACCGUCGGAACUGACGAUUCAACUCCAACGCCGCCAAUGAAUCUUCCGGUGGUUCCCUAUUGGCCAGCCAUUCCAAAACCACAUGUGUAUUUCUCUGAGAACCGGAAGCCAUCUUUGAAAAUGU